UCCUCUCACUCACUCCGAACCUCCUCUUCCAUCUCUAAUCCAUCGUCAUCUCCGUCUUCGUUCCACUGUUCCACCCAUGGCCAAGCUUUCCCUUGUCUUCUUCCUCCUCCUCAUGGCUCUCCUGAGCUCUACCUGCAAUGCAACCCCAAGGAAGAGGGUCGGCAUCUAUGAGCUCAAGAAGGGGAACUUUUCGGUGAAGGUCACCAACUGGGGCGCCACCAUCACCUCCGUCAUCCUCCCUGAUUCCAAAGGAAAUCUGGCUGAUGUUGUUCUUGGCUUCGAUGGACUUGGUCCAUAUAUAAAUAAUUCAGCUUAUUUUGGAGCUUUAGUUGGAAGAGUUGCAAACAGGAUUGCUGGUGGCCGGUUUGUUCUUAAUGGAACAGUGUACAGAUUAUUUAGAAACAGUGGAAAUAACACACUUCAUGGUGGACACAGAGGAUUCAGUCAUGUUAUAUGGACAGUGAAGGAGAUAGUAGGGGGAGACUUCCCCUCCAUCACAUUAUACUACCAUAGUUUUAACAUAGAACAAGGGUUUCCGGGCGACCUCGACGUUUAUGUGACGUACAGCAUCUCCGGCGACUACCACCUCAGCGUGACGAUGCAUGGCAAGUCUCUAACGGAGGCCACUCCGGUGAACUUGGCGCAGCACUCGUACUGGAACCUACGCGGCCACAACCGCGGCACCAUCCUCUCCCACACCGUCCAAAUCUUCGCCUCCCGGAUCACCCCCGUGGAUGCCUAUCUCAUUCCCACCGGCCGCCUAACGCCUGUGCGUGGCACGCCGUACGACUUCUUGGAGCCGGAGACGGUGGGUUCCCGGAUCGACCGUGUUCCCGGAGGAUACGACAUCAACUACGUGGUAGAUGGGACGGAUGACAAGGGCUGGAGGAGGGUGGCGGUGGUGGGCGAGGGGGAGACGGGCCGGAGGAUGGAGGUGUGGGCCGAUCAGCCGGGGGUUCAGUUCUACACGGGGAACUUCUUGGCGGGGGUGAGGGGGAAGGGCGGGGCAGUGUACGAGAAGCACGCAGCGCUGUGCCUGGAGACGCAGGGGUUCCCUGACGCCGUCAACCACCCCAACUUCCCGUCGCAGGUGGUGCCGGCCGGCGAGGAGUACCACCACAACAUGCUCUUCAAGUUCUCCUUUUGAAGGCUGGCCUUCUCAAUUCUGACUUGCCUCUUAUGCUUCAAACAAUUACAUCUUUAUCUGAUUCUGUAGAACAUGACGAAUUGAAAUAGUAGGAAUCAAACUAAAUAAUUUACUUAAUGACUUAUUUAGUGAUAAUAAAUUAAGAAACUUUUGAGUUGAA